ACGCGCCACGGUGACCCGCCACCGACAGUGGUCUCGCGGACACCGCCAGGGACACACACUCACCGAGGAAGGACGACCAUGAGAGCACCGCUGCUGACUUGCGCGGCCCUCGUAGCAUGCUGCUGUUGGCUGGCCGGGGCCCAGGACGACACAACAGACGCACCGGACGUUUCCACCGACCAGCCUCCGCCUGCCACGACUCCACCGCCGCCGCCGCCACCACCAGGCAUCAACCCGAAUCACUCGUACUAUCCGCCCAGCUACAAACCUCACUUCGGCGGCUACAACCCCAACGGGUACUGGAACCGCUACCCUAGCCAUGGCUACUAUCCUCCCUCCUGGUCUUACCGACCUCCCGCCUAUCAUCCGCCUCCCACCACAUACGAGUGGUGGAGGCAGUUCAAUAGGAAGCCUUCGUUCGAGCACGGUGGCUGGAACGGUGGUGCUGGAGGCUACGGAUACUUGCCGACAGCUGGCGCCGGCAACAUGCACCCGUACUACAGCAACAGCUGGUGGCAGCCGUACUACGUGGCCGUGGGCUACUAUAGGCGAAGUAGCUACCCGCCUCAAACGGGCCCUAACUACCCGCCUCAAACUAGCUCCAACUACCCCAGCUACGGUGGACACUACGGUGGUUACGGCUCCGGUUCUGGUUACCCAUAUGUUAGCGGCACUGACAAGUUUGGCUACCCGUACUAUAGGAGCGGCUAUUACGGAGGCGGAUUGUAUGGUGGGCAAAGCGGUUACAGUGGAGACUACUCUCGCUCUUAUGGCUGUUAUUCAAGUGGCUGCGCAAGUUACACACCCUCUUAUCCGUACUAUGGCGGCUAUCCGUACAACAGUGGCUAUCCAUACGCAGGGGGUAGCUAUGGCAGUCCUAUGUACUAUAACAGUUACGGAAGCUACCCUUACUACGGUAGUGGAUACGGAGGGCAGCCGAACUACGGAGGUGGACAUCCUUCUUACGGCAAUGGUCAUGGCACAUAUUACGCAAGCGGGGGUGGUCAAAUAAGUCACCCCUCUUACAGUACUGGUUAUUACAGCCCUCAAGGCAAUGGAUACAGCUAUGGGUAUGGAUAUCCAUAUUAUAAUCAAGGUAGCAGUUACAAUAAUGGCUACAGAGGCUAUUCGACUGGACAGUACUCUGGUGGUAGCUCGUACCCGUAUGAUUAUUACGGAGCUCAAUAUAACCGCUACUACCCAGACUAUCAUCGUCAUUAUAACUAUCCGGGAAUGACUCGGGGCUGGUACGAUUGUACUUACUAUCCAACAGCACUCAACAAGGGCUACGCUGUCUCAGGAUCCGAAGGCAUAAAACAAAAAGUUGAUCUUAUCAAACAGAACACCGAUAAAAUAAAGAGGACGUUCACGCGUAGGUCUAUUCGGGAGUUGCUGAAAAGCUCCGAAUUCACCGCCCCAGAGACCAGGAGGGCCAACGAUCGGGGUCCUAUGCUGGACCUCUCAAACGACGGUCUCGGCGCUGGUAUGACACUUCUAUCCCAAAACGGUGCGACGAAGAAAGACGCUCCCGCCAGCCUGUUUCAGACUAGAGAUAAGGUGAGGUCGUUUGCCAAGACAGAGGGACCCAGCAACAGCGAUGAGCACAUCACGUCCGAAAUGGUGGAGAUCUUCGAGAAGAGGCUGACGGCCAUGAACCGCAUGUUCGCGGAGCUGCUGACUCCUAAGGAGAUGCAGGAAAACGGCGAGUACUUCACGAGACGCGUUCAGACGUACCGCAGGCUGCUAGACCAGAUGCAGCAGCGUGGCAUGGGAGUCGGCGCGUUGCCGCAGGACGUCGACUCGCAGAACGUGCUGCGUCGGCUCAGAACGCUCGAGAACGAGUUGGACGACCACCGGAGGAGGGCGCUGCGAACUCUUUACCACGCCUUGACCGACGCGGACCUGACGGUGUCAGAUAAGCUCAAAGUGCUCGCCACCGUGUACAACUUCGCCAAAGGAGACAUGAGCGACGAAAGCGACGAGGUUGCCCAAUCUACGGAAAGAAGCGUGAUCUCGUCGGAGGCUGAAAAUGGAAAGGCGUCCGAAAAUGGCGACUCGAUGACAGAUGCAGACGCGAAGCAGUUUUACGAUAGGCUCGAUAAGUUCUUGGAACUUAUACAGAACACGGAGCCGCCAACCUCUGACGAAGGAGGCGAAGGAAGGUCCGACACUUCGGCUGGAACUUCGAAGUCCUUGUCCAACAGCCUGGAAUCUUCAAGCUCAGAGUCGUCGAGUUCAGAGUCUGACAGCUCCGAUGACCGGACAAAGUUCGAAAUCAAAGGAUCGGUCAGUUUGGCGGUUGAUGUGGAAGGAAAGACCGACUUCGGCGCGGACAACAUUGGCAAACUUAUGAAGACAAUACUGUCCUGAAGGCUCAAGGUCCGUGAACGCAGAGUACUUUAUUCUAAUAAAGCCGAUUCGAUU